AUGGAGCGCGUGCGCACCGGACGAGAGCUCACCGAGUCCAUGAAGAUGGUCGUUGUUAAACAACUUCAGCACUCCUUAAACAAGGGCAAGUUAGCACAUGGCGUUAUAAGCACCGCCGCAAGUCACUUCAAGCUCUACUGCAGUACCGUCGCAAGGAUCUGGAAGACAUUUCUACUUGGUGACAUCGAGAACAAGAAUGUUAUUAAGAUCGUGCGUGAGAUACCUCAAUCCCAGCGAUCGACAAUGCGCAACAUAUCCGAGGCAACAGGACUGUCGACGGCGAGGUUCAGUCGCAGCCUCAAAGCAGGGACACUUGAGCACUGUUCGUCGCGACUGAAACCGUUGCUCACCGAAGCGAACCAACUAGAACGGAUUGUGUUUUGUGGCUCGCAUGUCCGGCGCGAAGCACCAGACAUAAUGCUCGCUGAAACCAUCGACCAAAUCGGCGACCUACAAGAAUGUCCAUUUCAGGAAAUGUGGGACAUCAUCCAUCUCAACGAGAAGCACUUGGACGGAAAGAUCGGUAUGUGGCCAAUCGAAGAGCAGGUGCCGGCCAUGCGAAACUCUCGUAACCGCGCAGCGGGAACUAUGGUUACAACGCUGGUCAACGUAAAUACUCUGGUGUACCAAGAUUUCGUCUUAAACAAGGUCGUACCUGCGAUUAAGGCAAAAUUUCCAAGUGCGAACAAACAGGUGGUAUUGCAGCACGACAACGCGAAACCGCACCGAUCCAUCAACAGUGCCGUCUUUCAGGGUGUGUCCACCGACGGUUGGACGUUUGUCGUGCGCUGCCAGCCGCUUAACAGUCCCUACCUCAACGUACUCGAUCUUGGCUUCUUUGCUUCGAUUCAAGCGCAACAGUACAAGUCUUUCAGCAUAUUUGUGGAUGAUGUGAUUCGUGCAACCAUGGGUGCCUUUGACCCUCUCUGCAGCAACAAGCUGGAGGACGUGUACCUCACCUUGCAGGUGGUCAUGCGGCUCGUACUUCACCAUCUCGGCGGCAACCAGUUCCGGUUGCCUCACCUGAAGAAGGAAGCAAUGAGGCGCGCUGGUACUCUCAUGGCGAUUGUUACCUGCCCUUUGGCGCUUCUUUAUCAAGCGGACUUGCACCUCCAACACCAUGGCAUUCCGGUGCGACAAAUUCAGGAAUGA